CCAAAUUUUGUGUGUUCUAUUCAAUCCCACUUCACCUCUCUCUUUUUAUUACAUUUUAUUUUUGGUGCUUCUGUUUUACACACACAAACUCAAUCAUGGCUAGCUGCAGCAUGCCAUCUGCUGCUUCAGGAUUCAUGUUAACACCUAAUGUUGCAGCCAAUACUAGCACAAGUUCCAGGGGUAUCAUGGUCUUUUUUCCUUCAAAGACUAACAACAAUUCAAGGCUUGUAGUAAGGGCAGCUGAUGAGGGUGGUGCUUCUGCUCCGGCCGCCACCACCACAGCUGAAGGUGAUGCUCCGAAACCUAAGCCACCACCAAUUGGACCCAAGAGAGGAACUAAGGUGAAGAUUACAAGGAGAGAAUCCUACUGGUACAAAGGUACCGGCUCGGUUGUAGCUGUUGAUCAGGACCCGAAGACACGCUACCCGGUCGUGGUUCGAUUCGACAAAGUUAACUAUGCAAAUGUAUCUACAAACAACUAUGCAUUGGAUGAAAUUGAAGAAGUUAAAUGAAUGUGAUAAUGUGUGUAUCGUAAUUUUGAUUUUUUAUUUUUAUGUUACUCCACUCUCUAGCUUAAGCUUUGUUAUCUAUGUCAUCAAUGUGUAAUAUACUCCCCUAUUGAUUCUCUUA